UGCAGCUACGCCUCUCGCCUGUCUCGGCAGCAGUGGCAGCAGUGUAGUAGUAAUCUGCCUGCCGCGCACCGAGCUCGCAUAUUGUGUCACGGUGCCACCGGGAGAGGGGCGACAGACUGCUGCGCGUCAGGGGACACCAGUCACCAUCCGGACGGUUCAAGCUACAUCGCGCCGUGGGCAAUGACAUUGGCAGACUGAAGUGGGAAAACACUAGAAAACGCAACAAUGACGGUGGACUUUGAAGAAUGUAUAAAAGAUUCACCCCGAUUCAGGGCUGGCAUUGAUGAUGUGGAGACGGACGUGGUGGAGAUUGAGGCAAAGCUCGACAAGCUGGUGAAGCUGUGCAGUGGGAUGAUCGAUGCCGGCAGGGCCUAUGUCAGCGCCAACAAGCUCUUUGUUAACGGCAUAAAGGACCUGUCCCAGCAGUGCAAGAAAGAGGAGAUGAUAUCGGAAUGCCUUGAAAAGUGUGGAGAAAGCCUCCAGGAGAUUGUCAACUACCACAUGAUAUUGUUUGACCAGGCUCAGAGGUCAAUCAAGCAGCAGCUUCACACCUUCAUUAAAGAGGAUGUGCGUAAAUUCAAGGACACCAAGAAGCAGUUUGACCGUGUGCGCGAGGAUAUGGAGCUGGCCCAGGUGAAGAACGCCCAGGCACCCAGGAACAAGGUGCACGAGGCUGAAGAGGCCACACAGGCCCUCAUCCUCAGCCGCAAAGCCUUCAGGCACCUGGCACUAGACUACGUACUACAGAUUAAUGUUCUUCAGGCCAAGAAGAAGUUUGAAAUCCUGGAUGCAAUGCUGUCCUUCAUGCGUGCCCAGUACACUCUGUUCCAACAAGGCUUUAACAUCUUGGACGAGAUUGACCCCUAUAUGAAAAAACUGGCUGCACAGCUGGAUCAGCUGGUCAUCGACUCGGCCAUGGAGAAGAGGGAGCUGGAGCACAAACAUGCCCUCAUCCAGCAGAGAACUCUGAUGCAGGACUUUUCUUAUGAUGACCCCAAGUUGGAAUUCAAUGUGGAUGCUGCCAAUGGUGUGGUCAUGGAGGGCUAUCUCUUCAAGAGGGCCAGCAACGCCUUCAAGACCUGGAACAGGCGGUGGUUUUCUAUACAAAACAGCCAGCUGGUCUACCAAAAGAAACUCAAGGACUCUUUGACAGUGGUGGUGGAAGACCUGAGGCUGUGCUCUGUCAAAUUGUGCGAAGAUAAUGAGAGGAGGUUCUGCUUCGAGGUGGUUUCACCUACUAAGAGCUGCAUGCUGCAGGCUGAGUCUGAGAAGCUGCGGCAGGCUUGGAUCCAGACAGUCCAGGCAAGCAUCGCCUCGGCUUAUAAAGACAUUGCCGACAAUUGCUACAUUGAGCGUUUGGACCGGACAGCCUCGCCCUCCACCAGCAGCAUCGACUCUGCCAGCGAGCCCAGAGAGAGAGGGGAGAGGGCCGAUAAGGGAGUUCGGGGAGGCGGGGAAAGCCUCCUCCAGAGGGUACAGAGCCUGCCGGGCAACGAGCUAUGCUGUGACUGCGGCCAAACGGCUCCCUGCUGGGCCUCCAUCAACCUAGGAGUGCUGCUCUGCAUCGAGUGCUCUGGGAUCCACAGGAGUUUAGGCGUCCAUUGCUCUAAAGUGCGUUCACUGACGUUAGACUCAUGGGAGCCAGAACUACUUAAGCUGAUGUGUGAAUUGGGGAACACUGUGAUCAACCAUAUUUAUGAGGGAGCCUGCGAGGAGCUGGGAGCAAAAAAACCUGGACCUUCCAAUUCAAGACAGGAAAAAGAGACCUGGAUAAAGUCUAAGUACGUGGAGAAACGCUUCCUGAAGAAAAUAAGUGGGAGCGAGGCAUUGGUGGAGGGUGAAAGGAAGUCCCGGCCCUGGACCGUGAAGAAGUGCCGGCGACACAACAGCUCUGUUCGGGUCCCCAACAAGGCCCGCAGGAAAUACCAUUGCUACGAGCCGGGCAGCGCUUCACCUGCAAACCUCUCAGCUGCAGCUGCAGCAAAGUUUCGCCGGGACUCCCUGUUCUGUCCAGAUGAGCUGGAUUCACUAUUUUCCUACUUUGACACUGGCUCUGGUCCUCGCAGCCCCGCAGGUCUUAGCAGCGACAGCGGUCUGGGAGGAAGUACUGAUGGCAGCACAGACAUCCUGGUUUUUGGCUCCGUGGUGGACAGUGUCACAGAAGAAGAGGAGGAGUCAGAGGAGUCCUCCAGUGGUGAGGUGGAGAUUGAACAGGAAGUGUCUUCGGACCCCGAAGACCCGAGGGAGCUCCACCCUGGGGCGCUCCUCCACCGAUCCUCCCGUCUACACAACCUGCCACUCAUGGCGGAGGCAUUAGCACACGGUGCGGACGUGCACGCUGCAAGUGAGGAGGAGGAGGGCAGAACGCCACUCAUUCAGGCCGUGGUCGGGGGCUCUCUGAUAGCUUGUGAGUUCCUGCUACAGAACGGAGCCGAUGUGAACCAGAGGGACAUGCGAGGCAGAGGCCCUCUGCACCAUGCCACCUACCUGGGACACACUGGUCAAGUGUGUCUGUUCCUGAAGAGAGGAGCAUCACAGACAGAGGUGGAUGAGCAGGGCCAUGACCCCCUAAGCAUCGCUGUCCAGGCUGCCAACGCAGACAUCGUCACCCUAUUGCGUCUUGCCCGGAUGAAUGAGGAGAUGCGAGAGGCGGAGGCUCCCUUGGGUCAACCAGGUCAAUAUCCCAGCAGCAGCCCCACUGAGCAGCAGUAUAGGAAGUGCAUCCAGGAAUUCAUCUGCCUCACCAUAGAAGAGUGCUAGUGGUCACUUCUGUAUCCAGGAGCAAAGCUUGUGCUCUCUCUCUCUCUAUAUAUAUACAGUAUAUUCCUCCUGAAUGGGAACCUAACUAAUUGUGUAGACUAAGUUGCCCGUAGACACUGAUCUCAAGUCUGUUACUUACGUAGACCUAUGCUUACGGGCAACUUCUUAGGAAUGUCUGAGGAGAGAGGAGUGUACCACUUGCGCAAUAUGGGGGUGUGUUGUGUAAAAGGGAGGGAGCCCCUGAUGGACCUUUUUUUAACUCUACUGACAAUACAGUCACCACCUCCAUUUUUCUGCAUCACCACUAUGUUUCUGCUUGCCAUUACUCUGCAACAUCCACGCUAUGCCAACUACAUGACACACAGUAAAAAUGACAUCUGCUUCUUGGUGUUUUGCUAACAGGGUUUUCCUCUAACUUAUAAUGUGGUUUAACCUGUGGUGUGGGGGUGUGGGUUUACUGUUGCCUAACAGCUCUUACCUCUCUCUAAGACUCUCGCUGCAUUAACCCCCCUACACUUUAUAUCUAUCCAGACCAUCUGUGUGACAUUCAAUGUACCCAUCUCUUCUUAAUUGGAGAUGUAAAUAUACGUACUUAGAAGUUAUAUGGGUAAUCUUUAAACUAUGUGCUGUGGCAUGAGGUGAAAAAAUGGUAUUUGUUCCAUUAUGUAAAGAAAAAGAGUAACUGACAAGCUGCAAUAGAGGCAGGGUAGUUUACUGUGUAUAAAGAGUGAUCAGGAAGGGAAAUCUAAUGUAAAACUGUGACAAAAAUACUGAAGGGCUUGUGGAGAAGAGACCCUUGCCUGCUUUGUAAGAUACUUUGUGAGUGAGUGAGUGAGUGAGUGAGUGAGUGAGUGAGUGGACAGGGGAGUAUAUGAGUGAUGGUGUGUCAAAGAAUACUGAGAGACAGAGUUAAAUAAUAUGAUAUGGUACAUUAUGUAAAGUUAAAAAAAACUGCACUUUUCCCAUCUACAAUAUUAUAAUUUUUCAUUCAGUUAGUUUUUACAUUGUUCUUGUCUUGUCAAGUUAUUGUCUAUCUAUCUAUUUUCUAUUCUAUCAUUUUAUUUAUGUUUAUCUUCCCCAGAGGACCAGUGCAAUGCAUUCUUGGGUGCAGUAUAAAUCUGCAUUUAUGUUAUUGAUUGUCUUUUUAAUCUGAAAGCAUUACUUGGAAUUCAUGACAGAAAGUCUUUAGAUUAAAUUAUGUAUUAGCACUCAUAAAAGACAUUUUGCAUUCACUUUCCCUUUGGAACGGCCUUACAUUGCUAUAAUUAUUUACAUUCAAACACACCACUGAAAGAGAUUUUAGUAGCUUAUCUGUGGAAGUUCUAGUUACAGUGUUUCAUUUUUUCAAAUUAAUUGCAGUCAUUCGUUGUUUACUAUGUGAGGAUGAGGAAUUAUCGUGAUGUGCAGACAAAGCAGAGCAGCAAGAAGUGAGGAAGUAUAUAAAACUGGAUUUACGUCUCAUCCUUAAACAACUCGUCUGUUCACUUCCUUAAAAAACAAACAAAUGUGAAUCAUGACACCUUCAUUUUGUUGUAAAUACUAAUCUAUGUUACAGUAUCUGUGGUGAGAUAAAGGAGCACAUUUCUUUAGAACAGUUUAGAUACUUUUGGGGUAAAAGGACUUGUAUAUCUGGCGUCCCUCACUGGCCAGUGCUUGCUGUAUUCUCUGCAUGCUUUGCCAGAAUUGAUUUUGGGAGGUUCAACAUUGUUUGCAUUCUGAGCAUGAUAAAAUAUUUUCCUAUGGUUUGAUCACGCUGUGCAGUGCAGUCCUGUGAAAUAAGCAUGUACCAUCAUAACCCCUCUGGUGUCAGAAAUGUCUUUCUUUUUGCACCUCUGUGCCAUUCGUCCAUCCACGGACCAAACCUGUGGUGACUUCCUCAUUCCUCUCUUUUUUGGUUUCCACAAAAGCUUACAAAUAGUGUUUUUUAUGUUGUGGUUUAUUUUCCUUUACCAAAGACUUUUUAAAGGGAAAGUGUCUGACAUUGUUGUAUGAUAUCACAGUUUUUUUUUUUUUAACUGAAACUGUUCAGAGUAGAUACAGCAUAGUUUUGCCAUGCUUUGUGAAGUGACAGAGUGGUAGAAACACUGUUGGUGAACUCACAUGUUGAUAAGAGGUUACAGAAAUGUGACAGAGAUUUUGAUAUGGCAGGUGCUGAUCUGCAAUAGUUCAAUGUACUGCAAGUAGAACCAGGUGAUGUGAAGCUACUGUGACCAAACUGUUUAGAGCCCUCGCUCUAGAAGAAGUAUUAAAUGUUGUGUCUAUUGUGUGUGUUUACAUAGGAGUGGUUAAAGGUGCUGUUCAAAGCAAACCUGCUGUAAAUAGUACACUUGUGUAUUUCAACUUAACGCCAACUUCCUGCCUCUCAGCAUUCUAUCAUGGAUCCUGACUGUCUGAUCUGGUUUAUGUUUUUAUUUUUAUUUUCUCUUCCAAAAAACAACCUUGGAGAAGUUCUUCUGUUCACUGAUGUUUGGAUAUCUUUGGAAUACUUUCUUCUUUGUCUUUAGAAGCACUGAGGGGAAAAAAAGAAAACAAAAUGCAUUCAAUAAAUCUGAGAAACUCUUGAUGAACUAA